CGUCGCUGCUGCUGCUGCUGCUGCUUGACUAACACACACAUAUGUCCCCCAGUCUGAGCUGCUUUGAGCCACACUGUUUCAUCUAGUGCUAUCAGGGCUGAUGAGAGCCUCUCGUCUUUCUGGGUCUGCUGCAGCUGCUGUGUGCACAGAGAGACAGAAAUGCUGUGAGACAUGUCUGGGUCUUCUCUGCGUUGCUUUGUGAGCCUGCAGCCAGAGUUCAGGGAAUUCUAGCCUCCCAUGGUUUUAUCGUCAUGAUAUCCACGUGGGUGUCAGUGAUUGUCAUGUUGGUGGCAUUUGUGGAUGGAGCCAGAAAUGAGGAUGUCAUACAGCCAUGCGCGAAGGUCCAAACGUCCAGCUCAGUGGUGCCUUUCGGGUCACCCGUCACAGCCACAUGUGUCAUCAGAGACAGCUGCCCUCUGGUCAUCGGACACGCUGUUCGUAUCGAGUGGCGCCUCGGCGAUCGCCUUCUUCCCAGCGGCCCCGUGGCCAAUGAGAGCGGCAGGGUUUCCGAGGUUGUUAUACCGAGCUUCAAUCACACCAGGGCGUUCCUCACCUGCUGUGUCCAGGCCUCUCCUGCUCAAGUAGUCGGAGGAGUGGAGAUCAGAGCCGGAUAUCCACCAGAAGCACCACAAAACCUCAGCUGUCAGACAAACCUCACCACCCCGAACACCCUGACCUGUAGCUGGGACCCUGAGCAGCAAGAGACCCAUCUACCCACAAAGUACACCCUCCACACCCAGAUAUGGGAUUCAAAUGAGAGCCAUGUUUACGAGCUGCAACCAGGAGUCCACCACUACACCAUCCCUCGCUCUGGCUUUGUCCUGUUCUCAGAAAUGGAAAUAUAUGUGAAGGCGGUGAAUGAACUUGGAGACGCAGUCUCAGUACCUCUCAUUUUGGAACCCGUCAGUGCAGCUAAGUUUGACCCACCGACGAUUCAGAAGGUUCAAGCGGUGUCUAAAAAGUACGGCUGCCUGAAGCUGAGCUGGAGCUUAUCUCAGCACCAGGCCUGGAUGCACAAUUACCGCCUGAACCUGGAAGUCCGUCUCAAGACUGUUACCAGAAACCAAAUUAUUGAACAAGUUAUCCCAGUGAGCCACGUUAGGCCGAGCAGACCUGUGGACCAGUGUCGCCUCCUGCAUGGGACUCAGUAUGUCGCCCAGAUUAGAGUGAGAUACCAGCAGAGCCCCUGGAGUGAAUGGAGCAGCAGCCAGUCUGGAGUCACCUUGGAGAGCGCUCCCACUGGACGCUUAGACUGGUGGAUGAAGGUAUCAGGGGAUCACAUGCACAAACAGCUCAACAUAGACUUGUUUUGGAAGCCAUCAAAACAAUUCCAUGCCAACAGCCAAAAUGUGUCAUACAUUGUCUCGGUGCAAAAACUGCCAGCUGAAAAGGGAAAGGUCUGCUCUACAAUGGGGAAUUAUUGUACUUUCCAGCUUCCCACAAGAGCAAAGAAAGUGUAUCUGAGAGCUGUAAAUGCAGCAGGGAAAUCCGCCCCCACUGAAGCUCGGAUUUACCUACCUACAGCUCGUGCAGCGAUAUCAGACGUCUCAGUCAUUCCUCGGGAUGACAGAUCCCUUCUGGUCCAGUGGAGAAGUCUGGUUUCUUCCAGUCCGAAUGAUUAUGUGGUGGAAUGGAGACCUUUGUUAGAAACAGACCUCUCUCUCACCCAGUUUGAAAUAACAGACAGAAACCAGACAAGCCUGGUUAUAACAGGCAGCUUUGAGCCCUACAAGCCCUAUGGGAUCUCUGUGUAUCCUAGGUUUAAGGGCGGGAUAGGCCUUCCUCAGACUGUUAAUGCCUACUCAAGACAAAAGGCUCCAUCCAUGGUUCCAAAAAUACGAAUUAAAAAGACCUGGCAGUCACACAUUGAGCUUACCUGGGAUGAAAUACCGUUAGACCAGAGGAACGGUGUCAUCCAGAGCUACAAAGUCUUCUACUGGACUGAGAAGGGACCCAUUAGCGUUGUGAAUGCUGACCUGGAAGAGAGAAGAGUGGUCCUGAAAGACCUGAAAACUGUGUCUGUGUAUGAAGCUUUCAUGAUGGUUAGCACGUCUGGUGGAAGCCUGAAUGGGUCAACAAUUCAUUUUGACAUUGAGCCCUUCGAUGCUGUUUCUAUUGUGAUGAUUGUAACUGUGUGUGGUGUUGGACUGUCAAUGUUGAUUAUCUGCAUGGUCAUGACUUGUUUCUCCAACCACAGAAGGUUGAAAGGACGUUUCUGGCCUGUUGUUCCAGAUCCGGCUAAUAGCAGCAUCAAGAGAUGGACAUCAGAAUCAACACAGGAUACAUAUCUUGCCUCAGACAGUGAGGAGCCCAACCCCAUAUACCUGUCCCACCUCAGCUUCCUGGAUCUCCCUGUGAAACUAAGCAAAGAGGACAAUGACCCGUGGUUAAGCAGCGCAGAGGACACAAGUGACCUGGGAGAAUCCAUUUGUGGUUCCCCAUUCAGCCCUGGCUACUCCGGCUCAAACAGUGGCUCUGUUCCUUAUGCUACUGUGAUAUUCCCAGGUCCAUGCAACAGCCCUACAGCCAAAGCUCCUCAUGUCUACCUGCGCUCUGAGUCUACACAGCCGCUUUUGGAGACUGAAGAAUCCUUCAGUCCAAAGUGCUACCAGAAUAUGGCAACUAGUGGGAUACAGAAGGAGCAAUGUUUUUUUGGACUGUGCCAUGAUUGUGUAACCAAAGAAUCGCCAGACCCAGGCAUCCUGUGGGACGACUUUCCUUUUCUACAAGCACUAACCAUGAAUGAUACUGAAAAAGACUAAAAGUGCUUUGCUAAUUGUAAGAGUAAAUGAUUUGCAAGAUGUUCAUGUAGAUCUGAGUUUGUGUAAUGAGCUUAUUGUGAUCAGUUGAUUCAUUUUACACAGCUGUAAAUGCAUGCUAGAUCUAAUCCUAAUCACUCUGAUAUAUAAAGAUUAUGUUGUCCACGCUUUGUCCGUAGCACAUUUUUUAGAUAUGUCAAUUCUUUAUAAAAUAAACCUUUUACAGAAGAAAAUUUUGAUAUUUUUGUGGGCUAUAUGUGAACUUUCUCAGAAAUACUUGUUUUUUUUUAUGCCAAGGAGACAUCUUUGAAAUAAAAAAAUAAUAAAAAUGGCUUUUCCUACUGAC